GAGUUUUUUAUGGUUAAUUUUCUAGGUUAGCUUGAAAGUUUUUAUGUAAGUAGGCAUUUGUGACUUAUUUUUAUUACGGCGGAAGGUCGUAAUUUCAAGUGCAGUUACCGAUGAAUUGUCGAUACACUUUGUGCGUGGAGUGUUAAAUACUGAUAACCAAUCCCACUUUCGUCGUUAUUGUCGAUAUAUUUUUAUCCUAAAAACUAUGGUGUGCUUCAAUGGUAGUGUUCUUUACAUUAGGUUGCUGGACUAUUUUACCUCAUUUCGGACAGCUUAAAGUUUUGUGUUAGCUCAAGAUUGCUUGACUCUUCUCGUACUUGCAGUUGUCUCGUCUGUGAAACACAAAAUCAUCGCAUCAAUUCACCUUGAUACCAACAUUUGAUUCAAGCACAAACUAACAAUGGAAACUAUCGAUCCAAACCAGAACGGAAUCAUUGUCGUAGAAAAUUCAACAGGAGAAGAGCUUAAUGUCCUAACGAUGAGUGAAUUACAGCCAGUCGCCAGAACGGUUGUCAUUGAAACUACUAAUGUGGCUGAAGAAACCCCAAACCAUCGAAUCAUUAAGCUUGAAAGAACUGAUAAAGAAUGCCAGACUGAUCCUGAUUUAUAUUUGAACAUGAUGGCAAAGAAGAUGGAUAUUGCAAUGCGAAAUCCUUCUUUAGAGCAGGGAGGUCCUAUGAACGGGAAGAAUAAUGAAACCUACAACUAUGCAUUGUGGAAUGCAGCUCAGCAGCACUAUAAUCAACAGUUGAACAAGAGGUUUGCGUGCACUCUUUGUGAUAAAACAUUCACGCAACAAGGGAAUUUGAAGACCCACAUGAUGUCUCAUUAUUGUGAGAGAAAUUUCAGUUGUCCAUACUGCGAGAAAACUUUUGUGCAGAAAGGCAACUUAAAAACGCACAUCAUGCUCCACACGAAAGAAAAAGUGCAUGCCUGUCAAUUUUGUGACAAAGUGUUUGUUCAAAAAGGUAAUCUACAAAGCCACAUCCUCACUCAUACGAAAGAGAAAAAAUUUCACUGUUUAAUCUGUACCAAGUCAUUCACGCAGAAAGGCAAUUUGAAAACUCAUUUUCAAAUUCACACUGGUGUGAAAAGGUUUCAGUGCCCCUAUUGUGAAAAAGCUUUCAGCCAAAAGGGUAAUUUGAAAACCCAUGUUGCCAGGCACACUGGUGAGAAAAAAUUUCAGUGUCCGAUUUGUGAUAAAAUGUUUGUACAGAAAAAUAAUUUAGAUAAACAUAUGAUGAACCAUUCAAUUCACAAAAAUAUUGAUGAGCAGUUCAAUAGGAGUUGGCAGCAGCCACCUCUGCCCCACCAGCCCCUCCAGCCCCCACAGCACCCCCAGCCCCUCAUAGUCGUUAGCCAACCAAAUCCAAUGGAAAUUCCCAAAUCUGAGCCUACAAGUGUAGACACGUUUUACAGUUAUGUUGGUAAAUUAUACAACCCUAAUCCACAAAUACACAUGGGUAAUUAACCAUUUGAACUAAGUUUCUUCAAGAAAUAAAAUUUGUUAUCCCUCUUGGUUUUUAUAACUGUGAUAAGUUAGUGUGGUUAUGUAAAAGUAUGAUUCUUAUUUCAUCUCCUUUAGCUUUCUGUUCGAGCAUUUUUCGGUCUUUGUAUCUAGUUUUCAUUGUUCUUUCUUUCUUUCUCAGAAUGUUAUCUAAUUCUAAUUUGUAUUGUGUAUCCUGACCCUCAUAUGUGUAAUUUGUAUUUUUGUUAUGUCAACGAAGCAUUUGUGUUAACUGAUGAAAGUAUCCUAAAAUUCCCUCACUUUUACUUCCUUGAUGAAAAAGAUUAAGCUAAAAUAAUUGUGUACCGAUAAAAUGAUGAUGAGAUUUUCCUGCAGAUCGUUCUUUAAAAUUUCACCUUUGUAAUUCAAUUCUAUUACCUGAAAUUUUCCCUUUUUUAUUGUUGCACCAUUUUUCUGUUCAAUCUGAUUCUGGUUUUGCUGUAAAAUCAAGUAAGACUUACCUAUGUUUUGACUGUCAGCAAUAGACAAAUUCACAUGUAUCUCAAUUUUGAAGAAAAAGAAAGUUUUCAGCAUUUAUUAAAAGAAAUUUUUGCCAAAUUCAGUCUUACUAUUAUCUGGAUUUAAACUGUUAUUAGUCAUUAAUAUGAUGUUAUUUUUAAAACCAUUAUGUGCAGUCUUAUCAAGUUUUUUCUUACUGAUAAUCUCAAAUGCAAUUUUCUUUUUUUUUUUAAACAAAAUCGGCAAGUCAGAUUAAAGUCAUGGAGAAGCACUAGUUAUUCAACUCAAUGACUUGUGGCAAUCAAUUCUAAGCUCUAAAAUAAUUAGCAACAAUAUUCAAAACAUCUUUCCCAGUAACAAAUGAUGUUAAAUUACACUGAAAUAAUAGUGUUUUAACAAUUUCCACAGUGCCAGAUUUUGUUUUCAUGCCAAGUUAUGUCUCAGAUUAAAAUUCUCUGUAAAGAAUGUCAGUUCCUCAGGUUUUCCAAUAACUUUUGCUUCUUUGUCAUCAUUAGUUUAAUGUUUGUAUUCUUUUUAAGUUUACAACACUCUUCAAAUAGAACAUUUUAGCUUUAACUUUAA